AAGCUAAACUCAAAAAGUUUGCAAAUUGAGUAAUUUUGUAAUUUUAUAUUAUAUUCUAAUUUAUUGGUUUUCAAAAAUAAUUUUAUGAGUUACGACAAUUAUGUGAAUAUUAAUAUUUUACGUGCAAAAUAUGAAUUGAUGCAAAUAAUUAAUUGUGGUAACUGUUAUAUGUGCAUUUUAUUGUUUAUUUUGUUCCAGCAGGUAGAUUUGAAACUCGAUUUAUUUUAUUAUUUUGUUCGAGCGGGUAUCUUUAAGGUAAGUCAAUGGUUAUUAUCGUUGAACUUGCACUUGCACGGCAGCGUGGUUGAUGGCGUGCUUAGAUCAACCCAGUUGUAAACUUGUGGUCUCCUCUAGUCGUGUAUGUUGCGACUUGUGAUGGUGUUGCGACUUGAUGUUUUAGUUCAAGUAUUUAACUUAUCAUGGCAAAUGAAGUUAGUAUUCAGACAUUAUGGCUUCCAGAGCGAAAGCAAUUCUGUACAUUUUUCUUCAUAUGAUUAGCCUGUUGUCCAUUUCUCAAGCUGAACAUCAUCCCAGUCUAUUAACCUUGUUUGGUAGAUGCAACUUCGACAAGAUAUUUCAGUUCGGAGAUUCUAUUUCAGACACAGGAAAUUUCCUCGUCGAAAAUCCACUGGACCGCUCUGGUAGACUGCCAUACGGAGUGUCAAACUCAAACACACCUACAGGCCGCUAUUGUGACGGUCUGCUUAUGAUAGACUAUGUUGCAUCUGCAGCCGGUCUGCCUUUGUUGAAUCCGUAUGAGGACACGAAUGCCGAUUUCACCUACGGAAUUAAUUUUGCAGUAGUCGGUGCAACUGCACUCUCUGUCGAAACUUUGGCCAGGAAGAAUAUAUUUGGCGCGAGAACAAAUAGUACUCUGGACGUGCAGUUGAGUUGGAUGUCGCGUUACCUUUCUUCUUACUGCAAGUCCGAAGCAGAUUGCAGGGAGAAACUUAAGAAUUCAUUGUUUUUUAUGGGAGAAAUUGGAGGUAAUGAAUUUAAUUAUGCAUUUUUCGGUGGUAUGAGUAUUGAAGAGGCCAAGAAUCUUGUUCCGGAAGUAGUCCAAACCAUAAUGAAUGCUACAAGAGAAAUCAUCAAACUUGGAGCUCGUAAUAUUGUGAUUCCUGGAAACUUUCCCAUAGGUUGUCUGCCAUCUUACUUGACCACGUUUCGAGCUAACAGCUCUUUUGACCUGAACCAUUGCCUGAGGGAUUACAAUCAACUUUCAGUUUAUUAUAACUUGCAGUUAAGAGUAGCGAUUGUAAAAUUACAGUUAGAGAACCCGAGCGUUGCUAUUGUUUAUGGGGACCUGUAUUUUGCUUUCCAGCGCCUUUUUUCACCUACUAUUCACCCAGGAUUUGAUCCCGAUUCGUUGUUAAAACUUAAAAGCCUGUUGUGGAACUGGUGGCGAUUACAAUUUCGGAUUUACAAUGUUUUGUGGAAAUGCUGGAGUUCCGGUAUGUUCGAAUCCAGAUCGGUACGUAAACUGGGAUGGACUUCAUCUAACACAACAAGCCUACAAAUAUAUAGCAGAGUGGCUCAUUCUCAACAUAUCACCAAUGCUGCACUGUCCAGCAUCUUGAUCGAGUAUUAUGCUUUUAAGUGGUUGAGAAUGUAUUUAGGUGAUAUGAAACUGGGUAAUAGCUUGCUGUUUCAAUUUAAAUAAAAGUUACUUUUACAAACUAAA